UUACAUAUUUUGCAGAAGAUCUGGCAGGUUUGCAGGUAAUUAUUGUAUUUUAACUUACAAAAAUCAAGCAUUCUUACAUUUCUGCAAUGGCUUUUAGAGCAUUUACACAGACACAUGUCUAUGGAAAGCAAGCUGCCCCAAAAGAAAAGGACAAAUCCAGCAUCCAGUGCCUUGAGUGCUAUGACCGAAAUGUGUAUGUAGGGACCAAAGAUGCAACAGUCCAGCAUCUCAUCCUUCCCAGUAGAGAAAACGGAGACCCAAGUCCUGGCCUGAGCAAAACCAGAGAAGGCAGGACAAGAAAACUAGGCUCAAGCAAUCAAGUAGCCCACCUGAGGGCAGUCCCACUUUUCAACCAUCUGAUGGUCCUGUGCGACCGGAGCAUUACUGCCCUCAACAUGUUCUCCUUAGAGCCCGUUCCCACUCUGAAGAAGAUCCAGCACGUGUCUAUGUUUGAGGUGUGCGACUCAUCGCUCGCAGGAAAGGCAGCAUAUGUGGAGAUGGUGACUUCCACCAGCCGCAGGAAGGUGAUCCGUAUCCAUGUGGUGGGAGUGGACAAGUGGGAAGUUGUGAAGGAAGUCCCUCUGCUCCAGGACCCUGUGGCUUUGGCUGUAGAUGGCACUAGUCUGUGUGUAGCUACCAGCGACAGGUAUCUCCUCUGUGAUAUUCAGACUGGGCGAACUGAUGAGCUUUUUCCUCACAAUCACAGCAGACAGCAUGUCAUUGUUACCUCAGUGGGGCGAGGGGAAUUCCUCCUGAAUGGGCCUGAAUCUUUGGGCAUGUUUGUGAUGAAGACAGGGAUAUGCCAGCGCCCUCCCCUGCAGUGGCCUCAGGAGGUGCUGGCAGCCGGAGUAUGUUUCCCUUACAUCCUAACCCUGCAGCCCCAAGAGCUGUCUGUUUUCAGCAUGGUGGAUCAGCAGCGCAAACAGACUGUGAGUCUCAGCGAUGCGAAGGGUCUGCUCUCCACAUCAGAUGGUGUGUUAGUGUUCACAGAGAGAGACAUUUUCAGCCUGCGCCUGGUGCCAUUCGAAGAGCAGAUCCAGGCACUUGUAAUGCAUGAGAGGGUCGAGGAGGCCUUAUUGCUGCUGGAUGGAGUUCAAUGUCGUCGUCCACUUGACUCAUACAAGGAGCUGCAGAAGGUCAUCACUUGCCUGGUUGGAUUUGUUCAUUUUUAUCAGCAGGGCUUUUCCGAGGCCAGAAAUCUUUUCAUCACAGGUGAGCUGGACCCCCGAGAAAUCAUCCAUCUCUACCCUGACAUGCAGUCGUGUCUCAGCGAGGACUUUCAAUCCCAGCUUGAUCAAGUGAACAAGGACAGGGAUCUCCAGGUGCUCUGGCAAGAUGACAGAAACACAUUUCGUCAUUACCUGGCCUUUCUGGGAGAUUUACUCAGAGCAGUCAGGGGGACAGAGCAAGGCCUGCAGUGCAUUAAAGAGGUGGACUGCGCCCUCCUGAGGCUUUACGUAGAACUGGGAGACACUGAAAACCUGCAGCAGCUUGUGGCAUUUCCCAAUGAGUGUGAGCUGGACCACUGUGUCCCUGUUUUGGAGCAACACAACAGAUUUUUUGCAUUAGGUUCCCUCUAUCAAAGCCAUGGAAAACAAAUUAAUGCAAUUAAGACUUGGGUGAAAAUUACAGAUGGCUUCCACAAAGACCCCUCUUGCUCAGAUGUAUAUGGACACAUAGUGUGGACUCUCAGUCAGCUGCAAGACAGGGACACUGUGUGGAAAUUUGCAGACUGGACUCUGCAACAAAACCAAGAGAUAGGUGUGCAGAUUUUCAGCAGGCGUCCCCCAGAUGAUCGAUUUGAGACACAGGACGUCCUUGCUUUCUUGGAAAAGUACCCACUGGCAUUGCUUUUGUAUCUUGAGUUCUUAAUCCAUAAUGUGAACAGUGAGGAGGAGAGACAUCACAACUGUCUGGCUCUGGCAUAUGUUACUCAGACGCUGCAAGAGGAAGAGGAAACAGAUUUGAGGGAAACCAGGGGGAAGUUGCAGCAGCUGCUAUGGGAAUCCAAAUUCUAUGACGUCUCCACUGUGUAUGAGAGAGUCAAGUCAACAACCCUGCACAUAGAGAAAGCCAUUCUCCUCGGCAGGACCGGUGAACACUCUGAGGCACUGCAGGUGCUUGUUCACCAGGAGCAAGACCUCCAGGCUGCAGAGGCCUACUGCUGCAGGGUUGCCCAGAGUCGGGGCUCACAGUUCAGGCAGACUCUGCUGCUCACCCUGCUCCAAAUCUAUCUGUGUUGCAAGGAUCUCACCAGCGCUGCCGUGGAUCUGCUCAACAACAACCCACGGGUCUUUGCAACAGAGACGGUCGUCCAGCUCCUGCCUGAUUCAUGGUCCGUUCAACUGGUCUCCCAGUUCUUAGUUAAAACCCUUAGAGAGACCUUGCACCAGAGGCGGAUGGCAAUGCUGCAAAAGGCUUUGGGCCAGGCGGAGCUCAUGCGGCACAAGGUCAUUUGGAUGCAGGCCUCACAUACAAAGUUCAGACUGGGAAAUGGACAGAAGUGUGAGGUUUGUCAGAAAGACCUUGCAGAGCCACAGUUUGCCUGUAGUUUGAAAGGUGAGCUGAUGCACACAAGCUGCAGUGGCUUUUCAUCAUCAUAAAGAUGCAGAUAUACCAAUCUACUGUGUGUUUAUGCAAAUAUGUACAUCUCUGCACUUUAGCGAAUCACAUUCAUUUCUAGCCAGAUAAGUGUCUCCUCCCUACCUGAUCUUUUUUCUAGAAUAAUCUGUGUCAUCUAGGCAAACUCUGUACAAUGAUUGAAUUCGUGGAUAUUAGACCAGACACAUUCCCUAAUUAGAAAAAAUUAUAAUACAUUGUGUAAAUACAUUUUUCUCAGUCGCUUUGGUACAUUCCUCGAAUCAUCCCUAUCUCUCCGAAGCAAAUAUUUAUGUCAGUGAACAUGUGAGUGAGUCAGAAUGACUCCUUGUGUCAUUGUUUACAAACUAGACAGUCAAAAUGUUUAGCCAUGUUGUCAAUAUAAUAGUGUACUCUGUGUUUUCUGAUGUAAACUAUGGCUAAGUUUUGUUGACAGUGAUUGAAAAUGCACAAGACUGAACUUAUUCAAUAUGGCAUACCAGUUUCAACUGUAUAAAGUUUUACAUUGCAAGAGAUAGGACAGGAUUCACAGUUACCCCUUUACUGUUUGUACUGAGCAUGUCUUAUGUUGUUUAUGCACCAUGGUCUGUACGAAAAAACAUAAUUGUAGGUAGCUGUGUACUUGUAUGCGAAAAAUGACAAUAAAGUUUGACUUUAACUUUGA